GGCAGAGAGAGCAGAAUGGAUGCCCCUCGGGGGGCUGGUGAGACUCUGGCAGAGAUGCAGGAGUCCUGGCUCCCACCCCCCUGCUCUCACCACUAGCCCUCACUCCCCUCGCAGAGCUGGGGACAGAACCCAGAGGCGCGGGACCCAGCUGUGCCCUGGCUGUUCUGUUUUGUGUAGGUCGCUGCCGCUUUGUGGCUGGUGCUGGUGGAGGAGCCGCGUGUUUGCUCUGCCCCGGGUCUCCUCCCUCCCCAAACCCAGCCCAGUGCCGGGGCUGGGCCGGAGCUCGUCAGGCAGGGUGAGUCACUCCCGCACCGGGGGUGCGUGUCAGGGAGCCGAGGCAGCCGGCAGCCCUGGAGGAGCCCGUCACCGCCGCGCGGGGCGGGGGGCGCAGCGGGAUCCCCCGGAUCGCGCCCCGCUGAGCCCCGGGGAGGCAGCAGGCUGGACAGUGGGAACGGAGAGCUGACAGGAUGAUCCCUGUAGCUGAGUUCAAGCAGUUUACGGACCAGCAACCGGCCUUCAAGGUGCUCAAGCCCUGGUGGGAUGUGCUGGCUGAAUACAUCACGGUGGCCAUGCUCAUGAUCGGGGUCUUUGGCUGCACCCUGCAGGUGACACAGGACAAAAUCAUCUGCCUUCCCAACCAUGCCCCUGCUGGUGCCCCACUCUCUGAUGAAACGUGCCAGAAUUUCGCCAGGAAGAGCCUCAACGCCUCGGAGCCAGACACACCCCUGUCCUCCCGGGAGAUGAGCGGCGUGCGCAACAACCUGGACAUCCAGCAGUACAGCUUCAUCAACCAGAUGUGCUACGAGACAGCCCUGCACUGGUACGCCAAGUACUUCCCCUACCUGGUGGUCAUCCACACCCUCAUCUUCAUGGUCUGUGCCAGCUUCUGGUUCAAGUUCCCCGGCACCAGCUCUAAGAUCGAGCACUUCAUCUCCAUCCUCGGCAAGUGCUUUGACUCACCCUGGACUACCCGGGCUCUCUCCGAGGUCUCUGGGGAGAACCAAGAAGGGACGAGCUCAAAGAAGGAAGACCGGCGGAGGAAGGGCAUCAAGGACGAAAUGCCUGAGCCCCACCUUGCUCUACAGCCCGUCCAGUCCAUCUCCGAGAAGAAGGUAGCGGAGACUCCUGCGGUCAGCCUGCUAGACAAGAAGGAAGGGGAGCAGGCCAAGGCUCUGUUUGAGAAGGUGAAGAAGUUCCGGCUGCACGUGGAGGAGGGAGACAUCCUCUAUACCAUGUACAUCCGCCAGACGGUUCUCAAGGUCUUCAAGUUCCUGAUCAUCACGGCCUACAAUGCCGCCCUGGUGCAGAACAUCCGCUUCAUCGUGCCCUGCAGCGUGGAGAUGGAGGACAUGACAGGCUAUGACCACUUCUGCUGCAACCACACCAAGGCUCACCUCUUCUCCAAGCUGGCCAUCUGCUACAUCUGCUUCUUGGGCGUCUACGGCCUCACCUGCCUAUACACGCUGUACUGGCUCUUCCACCGGCCCUUGAAAGAGUACUCCUUCCGCUAUGUGCGGGAGGAGACGGGCAUCAGCGACAUCCCCGACGUCAAGAAUGACUUUGCCUUCAUGCUUUAUCUGAUCGACGAGUAUGACUCCCUCUACUCCAAGCGCUUCGCUGUCUUCCUCUCCGAGGUCAGUGAAAGCAAGCUCAAGCAGCUCAACCUCAACCAUGAAUGGACGGAGGAGAAGCUGCGUCAGAAGCUGCAGCGGAAUGCCCUGGGACGCCUGGAGCUCCACCUCUUCAUGCUGUCCGGCUUGCCUGACACAGUCUUCGAGCUGACCGAGGUGGAGGCCCUGAAGCUGGAGAUGCUCAAGGAUGUGACUUUCCCACCACUGGUGGCCCAGCUUGUCCGCCUCCAGGAGCUCUCCCUGCUGAACUGCCCCGUCAAGCUGCCAUUUGCCUCCCUGGUCUUCCUGCGGGACCACCUCAAGGUGAUGCAGGCCACCUUUGAUGAGAUCAAGGAUGUGCCGCUGUGGGUCUACAGCCUGCGUGGGCUGGAAGAGCUUCACCUCUCUGGCCUCUUCAGCCAGGAACUGGGGAGGGCGUCCGGCUUGGAGAGCCUGCGGGAGCUGAAGAACCUCAAGGUGCUCUCGUUGCACAGCAACAUCUCCAAGGUGCCGCCCAGCGUGACUGACGUCUCAGCUCACCUGCAGCGCCUGUGCAUCCUCAACGACGGCACCAAGCUGGUGACGCUCAACAACCUCAAGAAGCUGGUCAAUGUGAGGGAGCUGGAGCUGGUCAACUGCAACCUGGAGCGCAUCCCCCAUGCCGUAUUCAGCCUGGUCAACCUGCAGGAGCUGGACCUGAAAGACAAUCAGCUACGCUCCAUCGAGGAGAUCCUUAGCUUCCAGCACUGCCGCAAGCUCGUCUGCCUUAAGCUCUGGAGCAACCACAUUGCCUAUAUCCCCGAGCACAUCCGCAAGCUCAAGGGCCUGGAGCAGCUCUACCUCAACCGCAACAAAAUAGAGACCCUGCCCUCCCAGCUCUUCCUCUGCACCAAGCUCCGCUGCCUCGACCUCUCCAACAACGGCAUCCAGGUUAUCCCCCCGGAGGUAGGUGUGCUCCAGAAUCUCCAGUACUUCGCCAUCUCCUCCAACUCGGUGGAGACCUUGCCCGAUGAGCUCUUCUUCUGCAAGAAGCUGAAGACUCUCAUGGUGGGACACAACAAGAUCUCCACCCUCUCCCACCGCCUGGGCAACCUCUCCUUGCUCAGCAAGCUGGAGUUGAAGGGGAACCGUCUGGAGGCCUUGCCGCCUCAGAUCGGGCGGUGCCAGGUGCUCAAGCGCAGCGGCUUGGUGGUAGAGAGCACCCUCUAUGAGACGCUGCCCACGGACAUCCGUGAGAGGCUGGAGAGUGAAUGAGAAGAGGGGACAGUCAGCAGCAGGGGCAGGCUCUUUGGUCACCUGCAGAAAGACUCUCCCGGAUGACUAGAGCUGGGAAGUGCCUGGUGUGUUCCUCUCCAGUGCACGUGUUGCUCCUAGGCCGGAGCUGCAAAGGCACCUGGGAGAUCUCCCACCAAGAGUCUUACCAAAGAAUCGUCCCCCCUGGCCAUGGCUAUGGAGGGGCUCAACUUUUCAUCCCAGUGCAAAUGUGGACAGUCAGUGAUCCUGUACGGCAGGAUUGUUGUACAGUCAGUGAUCCUCUGUGUCAGGGUUGCCAUGUUGUAUCCUGGAUUGCAGGGGAGAAAUGACUCUAUUUAUACUUAUUUUUAGUGUUAUUAACAAGCAACGUUUAUUGCUUUUAAAAAAGGGCAAUUUGUGUGUGUAAAUAGCUCAUGUUUUAACGUGCUAGAUCUCCGGCACACCUUGGUCACUGCCCCAUAAAAUAGACCCCAUCCCACAGUCUAUCCUACGAAUUUCCAGGCCAAUCUGAUGGGUAAUCUAGAGAGGAUGCAAAUGUGGGUGUUCGACUGAAAUUUUGCUGUGGCUUUAACCAUGGGAGAGUCUUUCCUCAUUCCACAGCUCCACCCACUCCACUGAUACAAAGGGAUGCCUUUUUGGCAUCAUUAGCCAGUGGAACUCAUUGUCACAAAAUGUCACUGAGGCCAAGAUCUCAUUAGGAUUGAAUUUCAUUAGUGUUUGGUCACGUCUCAAUUUCGGCAGCCCACACCCAUUGUGCUGUAACCACAUUCCCAAGGAAGGUUGCAGCUGGCUUUGUAGGUCAUCUGCCCUGGAGAGGGGAAGGAGUGUUACCGAGUUGAAGCAUCUAAUGGAUUUACAGUACCAAGAGAAGCUGGUUUUGCCACUAGGUGUGGUAUGUGCUUAUCAUACAAAUUUAGAUGGGUGGGUGUGGCUCCCAUUGACCCCUCCCCCUUUGGGUGUGGCUUCUCCUGCUGUGACAUGCCUCCUCCUUGCGGCAUGGUUUUCUCCACCAAUGACAUGGCUCUCAUGGGCUCCUCCCCUGAGUCCCACCUCUCUGUGGCUGGAUUCCAGAUGGGUCUUGAUUAGGGCACUGAUUUCCCCUGUGCUGCAUGUACCCGAGUCUGGAGCCCUUACUCAGGCAAAGGUCAUAGGAGGAUUUCAGGAUCGAGCCCUUAUUUUUAUAUUAAAGGAUGUACGGGGGGAGUGGCAAUCCAAACAGCUGUUAAUAGCAGGGGGCCUGAACCAGGGCCCUAGGUCUGUGCAGCUGGAGGGGAGAAGUUUGAAAUCUGACCUGUGCAAAUAGCCUUUAUCUCUGGACUGAGCUGGGUGCAGCACUCCAAGAAACCCCAGUCUGAGCAACGCCCCAGCCUCUUUGGCAGCUGCUCCCGGAACCGGGGGAACACUCCUAGGAACUCCAACAUUGGACCCUUCUUGCCCGGUAGCCAGCAGCACGGCACUCUGCACUUAUGGGAGAACCCCCAUCAGCUCUGUCCUGGAGCCAGAGGACAUAUGGGCCGGACCCGAUGUCAGUAUUAUCACAGUAACGGGUAAAGGCCCCAACAGAGCAGAGCCUCCAUUGUGCUGGCUGCUGCACAAACACCUCCCCCACGAUCGGGGCCCCCUGUGCCCCAGCCACUGCACAGACCCCUUCCCCAAGGGCACAACUGGGGCCCCCUGUCCAGGAUCAGAGGCUCCAUUGCAUCAAGCUCUGCACACACACACCUAGUGAGGGAGAGUCCCUGCUCCAACGAACGCAUGGUCAUAUGGACAAAGGGUGAGAGAGGAAACUGAGGCACGGGGAAGGGACUAACUUGCCCGAGGUCACACAGCAGAUCAGCAGCACAGCCAGGAAUUGAAGCCAGGUUUCCCGAAUUCGAGUCCAGUGCCUUAUUCACUAGGUUACACUGAGAGGCAUGGGCAAGGCUCUGUCCGAAAACCCGUGUUCUCUCUUUGUGAUCGCUCUGGCUAUACUUGGUGUAUCAGACCUUCCCCUCCCUGAGGCUGGUUGGUAUCUAAGCAAGGCUGCGUCUGGCAUGUAAACCCCCUGAACCCCACUGAUGGAAAUAGGGUGACCAGAUCACAACACUAAAAUAUCAGGACACAUUGAGGUGUGGUCAGCCUCGCCCACAGUCCACCCCCACUCCUCCCAGGCUCCGCCC